AUGGCGGUGGUGGUUUCUUCUUCUGCGCGGUGGGUCCUCUUGCUGCUUCUGGCGCUGCUGCUGCUGCUGCUCGUUCAACAACAAGCCAUGGCCACCACCACACCACAGAUCUCUCACCUCAGGAAUGUUGAAGUGGAAAACCGAAGGUUGCCGAGCUUGCAGAACUCGUCAAUGGCGGAGAGGGCAAUAGAGGCUGAGAAAUUAAAUGAACAAGCUGCAGUGGCUAACCCAGAGGAAGUGGUUUCAAUGGUUGAGAUGAGCAUCCAGAAUAGUACACAGAGAAGGAAUCUGGGGUUUUUCUCUUGUGGAACUGGUAACCCCAUUGAUGAUUGCUGGCGUUGUGAUCCCGACUGGCAACGCAACAGGAAGCGUCUUGCAGAUUGUGGCAUUGGUUUUGGCAGAAAUGCCAUUGGUGGUCGUGAUGGCAAGUUCUAUGUUGUGACUGACCCCAGGGACGAUGACCCUGUGAACCCUAAACCUGGCACUCUUCGCCAUGCUGUGAUCCAGGACAGGCCCCUGUGGAUUGUGUUCCAGAGGGACAUGGUUAUUCAGUUGAAGCAAGAGCUAAUCAUGAACAGCUUCAAGACCAUUGAUGGAAGAGGAGUCAAUGUACACAUUGCUAAUGGGGCAUGCAUCACAAUCCAGUUUGUCACCAAUGUCAUCAUCCAUGGCCUGCAUAUUCAUGAUUGCAAACCCACUGGAAAUGCCAUGGUCAGGAGCUCCCCCACCCACUUUGGCUGGAGGACAAUGGCUGAUGGCGAUGCCAUCUCCAUAUUUAGCUCAAGCCACAUUUGGGUUGAUCACAACUCCUUGUCCCACUGUGCUGAUGGCCUUGUGGAUGCUGUCAUGGGCUCAACAGCCAUAACUAUUUCAAACAACCACUUCACCCACCACAAUGAGGUGAUUCUGCUGGGCCACAGUGACUCUUACACAAGAGACAAGCUCAUGCAAGUGACCAUCGCAUACAACCAUUUCGGAGAGGGACUUAUCCAGAGAAUGCCACGGUGUAGACAUGGAUAUUUUCACGUGGUGAACAAUGACUACACUCACUGGGAGAUGUAUGCUAUUGGUGGAAGUGCUAACCCCACCAUUAACAGCCAGGGCAACCGAUACAAUGCUCCUGUUAAUCCUUUUGCCAAGGAGGUGACUAAGAGAGUGGAAACAGCAGAAAGCCAGUGGAAGGGUUGGAAUUGGAGGUCAGAGGGAGAUUUGUUACUGAAUGGUGCCUUUUUCACCCCAUCAGGCGCUGGAGCCUCAGCCAGUUAUGCCAGGGCCUCAAGCUUAGGAGCCAAAUCUUCUUCCAUGGUUGGUUCCAUGACCUCAAAUGCUGGUGCACUCGGUUGCAAAAGAGGCCAUCAGUGCUAG